AUGACGGCAAGUUGGGAAAGUGUCAGUAGUCAGCAGAUUGAUAUUGGCAUUACCGAUGAACAACGAGAAAAGCUAAAAAAACGAUGGAAUGAAAAUUCGUUUUUGCAUAAAUUAAAACAAGGCCCUUUUGCAUCCACCCUAUAUGCAA